AUGGCAUAUCCUUCCCUAUAUAACGUUGAUGCCUGUCCUGGCAACCAGACUGAAUGGGAGGCAGCCUCAAGAAGACUGAACUGUACACUGAAUUCAAAAGUUUAUACGAAUAGAUACCACUGUGUGGCCACCAGAGACCGAUCACGGCUGGUGGAGUUCUGUUAUCCACGUUAUCGGAGUCUGUUUGGAAAAGGACAGUGUGUCAUAUUCGUCCCUCCUCUUACUUUGGACAAUUACACCUGUCUUCAUUUCAAGAAUGGUUGUCCAGAUGAUAACUAUUUCACUGACCAGUUAUUCAAGUAUCCUAGUUGCUUCCAGAUUGAACCUGAUCUGAAGUGUUUUAUUUCUGAUGAAUCUUGUCUGGUGAAGAAUCGGAUUACUACAACGCAAAAUGAAGAAGAGUCCACAUCACAGUUGUCCAUAGGUCAAAACUUGACUAAACAGUUUCAUGAAGAGAAAGAUUUAGUACCUGUAUUAGUUCCUACAUUUCUCCUUCUCGGAAUCCUUUUCGGAAUCUUAAUAUUUACAAUGAUCCGAUUGAAAAGGAGAAAUUUCUUGACAAUAAAAAAUCCGAAAAGAGGUAGUCAAAAUGUCGGGAGCGAUGUGACAGAAUACUUGCUACAAAAUAAAACAGAAAAUAUGAACGAAACCGAAUCUAUCGAAAUAUAUCAAGGACAGGAAGAGACCAAAGCGGAAGAUGAAAAUGUAAUGGUUAUGAGACGUGACUUUCAAAGAGAUGAAAAGCACAUAGAUAAAGAUCUUCAGCAGAAGAUAGAUAAAACCAAAAAAAUAUUGAAGGAUUUCGAAGAGAAUAUAAGUGAUGUGUUUGUUAAGACACGCGCAUAUUCGACUGUUUUGAGAACUCUGGAAAAACACAGAUAUUGUCUGGUUAAAGGGAACCCUGGCGAUGGGAAAACUACCACUGCUAAACACAUCUUACUAGAACUAGAGCAGAAAGGAAUGUAUCCGAUAGAGAUAUACACGAUAAAAGAUAUUGAACCUUUACCAAUGUGCUCAAAUUUAGCUAUUUUUAUUGAUAACAUAUUUGGUGAGAACGGAUUGCUGGAAGCUGAAUUGCAUGAUUUUAAGGUUCGAGAAUCCAUGAUCAAAGCUACAGUGUCGAACGAUGAGGGGAACGGCAACGUAUUAAUCACAACUAUUAGAAAUGAUGAAUACAAAGAAUGUGCGCACAAUCUUAGAGACAAUGACUUUCUAAAUUCCUCCGUAAUUGAUAUAUCUGAUACACAAAACCAAAUACAAGAAGUAGAGUUUCAGGAAUUUGUGAAGAAAUAUGGAUUACAGCAUCUAAAUCCAUAUAUGAAAGAGAUAGACAUUCAACGUUUUGGAUGUUCAAUAGGAAUCCCGCAAUGUUUCAGCUUACUGAAAAAUAAAAAAGAUAGAAAUAUUACUGAUGCGCAGGAACUCUUUAUAAAUCCUUUAAAUUAUCUACAAAGCGAAAUUGAAAAAAGAAUACAAAAGAAGGAGCCUAAAACAGCUGUGUUGAUUUACAUUCUCUUGUGUGGAGGAAUCGUUAGUAAAAACACAUUGUGUAAUACCCACAAGGAUAUGCCAAGGAAACAUAAAGCCAUGAGUAUAAUAGGAAUGUCAGAAGUUAGUGACUCGCUACAGAAAUUCCAUAGUUCUGUUGGGUCGUUUGAUGGUACAUAUAUGAUAUAUGAUGAAAUUGAACAGACUUUCAGAUUUUCACACAGCUCUGUUCAACAAAGUCUCUUUCGUCAUCUCUGGCAAUAUCACCCACGAAAAAUAAUUUCUGAGUGCGACCCAUCCUUGCUAGUACAUUUAACUGCUUCUAACUCGACCCGUAGUACUGAUGAAAUAGAGGUCGAAAUGUUCCCAAUCCUUGUACAGAGAAUUAGAGUACUGCUUAAGAGAAUGAAAACAAUGUCUGUAUUUAAAUCAAUAUCUUUAAUGAAAAUUUGGGCAUGUAAUGAAUUUCUAGAUAAUUUCAGGAAGAAUAAGGCUUGUGUAAAAUCAAUGAGAGAGAGUGUUGACGAAAGAGAAAAUUCUAUGUUGGUUCAUUUCUCAAAGGCUGGUAAUGCAAAAAUGGUUGCCUUUUUGCUGCACAAUUCAUCGAAAGAAGAAAUAUAUAAAUCAUUAAACAAGGCCUGUAGUUACAAUUAUAUUGAUGUUGUGGACAUUAUCUUAGAAACAAAUGUUAAAUAUGAUCUCAAAACAUGUUUUUAUGCUGUACAAAGUGGAAAUAUUGAAAUGCUUCUCCUUUUUACAGACAAUGUAGAUCUAAAACAAAGAGAGUUUUCAAACCAUCCCAGAUGGUCCUUUUUGAGAUUGGGUUUGCUUCAUGAAAUAUGUUUCUUUGGACAAAAUAGAUUAGUUGAACCUAUUCUCAGACGUUAUCCGACCAUUUGCGAUGUUCAAGAUGAACAAGGUGGGAAUGCUCUUCAUUUUGUUGCAUUCGCUGGACAAAAAGAUUCCUUUCAAAUGUUGGUAAAUAGUGGGUCUGAUCCAUACUCUAGAAGUCAUCAUGGUUCUACUGUGCUUCAUUACGCUUGUCAAAAUGGUAAGUUAGAGAUGGUUAAGUACAUCUGUGAAACCUAUCCUAAGUUAUUGCAAAAAUCUUUUAAUGACUAUGAAGAACGUAAUUCUCUUCACUGGGCUGCACAAUCGGGAAAUAUUGAGUUAUAUAAAUACCUCUUAGAAAAAAAUGCUAAAGUAUCAUUCACCAACGGUUUUCAUUCCCCAUUAAAUAUGGCUUGUGAAAAUGAACAAAUUUCAAUGUGUAAAUACCUAUUAGAAAUUCAUCCUGAACUACUAAAAAUUAUUGACAAAGAAGGGAAGAGUGCGUUACAUGCUGCAUCUUGGGGUGGAAGUAGGGAUGUUUUUAAACUUUUGAUGGAUAAAGGCUUAAAUGUAAAUGAAAAAACGAAUGAAGGUAAAACAGUCCUACAUGUGCUGUAUGAAUGGUAAGUU